AUCAUGAAUCACCAGGAAUUUAUCUCCAAUCUAUGUUCCCCCUUUUUUUCCUUACUUAUUCUGCUAUAGGUUAGGUCUCUGACACUUGAAGUUGACUAGAUGAGACACAAUUGACUACACAUUUUCUAGCUCAAGAAUGCACAACUGUGUGCUAUAACUGUAUUAUACUCGGUACAUACGCGCCUAGCUUAUAAAGGCACGUUCAUUCUACGCUUUUCUUUUCAAUCCUAACUUCAUGUGAUGAAGAAAAGAGGCGCAAUUCUAUCGUGACAGUUGCACUCACACAUGUGCCAGCACUGCUGCUCUCCGUACAUUUAACAACCCGUCAGUGUAAUCGGCUUAAAUAUGGAUCAGGAAACUGUGUAUGGAACGCACGAGGACAGUCAUGUUGUCAUGUCGGAGAAGGUACAGUCUCUGGCUGGCAGUAUUUACCAGGAAUUUGAACGCAUGAUUGCACGCUACGACGAAGAUGUCGUCAAAGAACUGAUGCCCCUUCUAGUCAAUGUGUUGGAAUGCUUGGAUCUUGCGUAUACGGAAAAUCAAGAACAUGAGGUUGAAUUGGAAUUAUUGCGGGAGGACAACGAACAGCUCGUCACUCAGUACGAGAGAGAAAAACAGCUCAGAAAAACUUCGGAUCAGAAACUAUUAGAAUUGGAGGACGUAGCUGAGGAUGAGAGGAAGGAACUGCUAUCGAAGAUCGAUAGCCUGGAGUCAAUUGUUCGAAUGUUGGAAUUGAAGACUAAAAAUUCCCACGACCACGGUACAAAUGCCAAAGUCAUCUCCAGUCCAUCCCCUCACAGAACCUCCCCCUACAUUGUCCGUCUUGAAGAAAAGGAAUCUGAGAUGAAGCGUGAAUAUUCUCGCUUGCACGAACGUUACACAGAGUUAUUCAAAACACAUGUAGAUUACAUGGAACGUACCAAAAUGUUGGUGGGAAGUACAGAGAGAUUAGAAAAUACCACCGGGGCUCGAGGUCCUUCCCGCUUACCUUCGCUAGGAUUAGCUCAUAUGUCUCGAAGUUCUGGCCCCUUGAGCUACGGAUUUCAAAGCUUGGAAGCAAGUAUAAAUGCUGAUGACGGUCAGGAAGAAAGUCCACCGAGCGGAGCUAGCCUUAGAGCAGAAAUGUUGGAUAGCAGUAACGAAGCAGCUAUCGAAACUUCGGACAAAAGCCAGCUAACAGAUCAGCCCUUACAAGAAAACAAAACUACUGCAAUUUCGAGACAGGAAAGUCCAGAAACAGAAAUGCCACCGGUAAUUGUAACACCGACAACACCUAGCGGUCCAGAAAAAACUGCCACAACUCCAAGUGGUAGAACAAGAACAGAUAAGGAACAACGAAGUGGAAACACGUUAUAUCAGGAACUUAGUUUUCAGGAUGCGGAUGCACUCGGUGAAAUGGACGAAGGUGCAGAUAUCACUGGGAGCUGGGUACAUCCAGGAGAAUACGCUUCGUCGGUCAAUGACAACUUUUUCGGCAUGGGGAAAGAGGUGGAAAAUCUUAUUAUGGAAAAUAACGAACUCCUAGCAACCAAAAAUGCGCUGAACAUCGUCAAAGAUGACCUGAUAGUCAAAGUAGACGAGUUAACUAGUGAGCAAGAAAUACUGAGAGAGGAAGUCAGGGCUUUACAACAAGCCAGAGAACGUCUUCGUCAAAAGGUAUCAAUGCUGGAAGAAGAGCUGAAGAAAACUAGAGAAGAAGCAGAAGCGGCUGCAAAAACGACAAAGAGUGAUGACGAAGAGGAUGUUCCGCUGGCCCAAAGAAAGCGCUUCACAAGGGUAGAGAUGGCGAGAGUUUUAAUGGAGAGAAAUCAGUACAAAGAGAGGUUCAUGGAACUUCAAGAGGCUGUCAGGUGGACAGAAAUGAUCAGAGCAUCCAGAACUGACCCCGCGAGUAUCUCCAGUGGAAAACAGUCAGUGUGGCGGUUUUUUAGUAAUCUCUUCACAAGCCCGGCAGAUCGAGGGGGAUUAGCACGGGGACAGCAUACCCUACCACACAUGCGUUACAGUGCACCGACUAAUCAAAUUACUCCAGCUCCGGCUCUAGACGCGAUGCGCAGACGAACAAUGAAGAAUCGUCAUGACUUUCUUGACCAAGGAGACAACAUGUCCUCGGAAAAGUUAGUAGCUCGACGGGCUAACGAACGGAGGGAACAAUAUCGUCAAGUACGAGCUCACGUAAGGAAAGAAGACGGCCGUUUACAAGCUUAUGGCUGGAGCUUACCUGGGAAACCGAGCGCACCUGCUAGACAGCCUGUACCGGUUCCUGUAUAUUGUAGACCGUUACAAGAGACCGAGCCUGGAAUGAAGAUAUGGUGCGGAGCUGGUGUCAACUUGAGCGGUGGAAAGACAAGGGAUGGUGGUAGCAUGGUAGGCGGUAGUGUAUUUUACGCAGCCGAGGCUCAAGAGAAUAACGUGAAGACUGCCGAGGACGCUGUUGAGCACUUGGAUAAGGAGCUUCAGGAGAGCGAGCAGCAGCGAUUAGAAGCCGAGCGAUUAGAGCAGCAGCUAAGUUCCCUAGUUUGGAUUUGCACGUCAACACAAAAGAUGUCUAAAGUGACGGUCAUCGAUGCGAAUAAUCCAGCAGACAUAUUGGAAGCCUUCAACGUUUGCCAAAGUCAUUUGUUAUGCAUCGCAAGUGUUCCAGGUGCUAAGGAGAGCGAUUAUGUAUUGGGAUCGAAUGACAACUCGAUCCAAACGAAUGGCGCUGGCGAUCAAAACAGCAAUAGCGAACCAGUUUCCCUAGAGCUGAGCGAAGCCAGAGAGAAUAGCAACUCCAAGGUAGAAGAGAAGGUCAAAACAGAUGUCGACAAUCAAAAUUUAGAUGAUCACAAUGCGCCUGAAGACUCUGACAAAGUUGACGCGGAUCCUAAUAGUAACACUGAACCACAAAGUUUAGAAAGCAUCGAUAGCGAGACGGCAAAUUUAGGGAAAGUGCAAUUUGUAAAGAGUACACCUGAGCCGUCGAUGCAAACUAACGAUACGGAUUUGGUGACGGAAAAAAUGUCCUCUGUUCAACCAACCAUGUGGUUGGGUGCUCAAAAUGGUGCUGUAUUUGUACAUUCAGCUGUAGCCAAAUGGACUAUCUGUCUACAUUCGGUUAGAUUGAAAGAUGCAGCUUUGGCCAUUGUCCAUGUUCAAGGAAGAGUUUUGGUCGCCUUAGCCGAUGGAACAGUGGCAAUAUUCCGAAGAGGUUCCGACGGCCAGUGGGACCUCUCGCAGCACCACAUAAUAACACUUGGUAGUCCUCAACAUUCCAUAAGGUGUAUGACCGCUGUUACAGGAAAAACUGUUUGGUGCGGAUAUAGAAACAAAAUUCACGUCGUUGAUCCUAUCGCCUUAACUCUGGAGUGCACCGUCGAUGCCCACCCUCGUCGAGAAUCGCAGGUCAGGCAACUCGCCUGGUUGGGGGAGGGAGUCUGGGUCAGCAUCAGAUUGGAUUCAACAUUAAGGCUGUACCACGCGCAUACCUAUCAACACCUCCAGGACGUCGAUAUAGAGCCUUACGUCAGCAAGAUGCUGGGCACAGGAAAGUUGGGAUUCUCAUUUGUGAGAAUAACUGCUCUGCUUAUAUCGUCUAACAGAUUGUGGAUUGGGACUGGAAACGGAGUAAUCAUAUCCGUACCUUUGUCCGAAAGUGCUGGUGGUUCUAUGGCAGUCUCACGAGCGCAGGCUGGUAUGAAAACAGACGCGCCUGGUGUGGGUGUCAGGGUCUUCGCAUCCGACAAGGGAGUAACGCCUGGAAGUUUUGUACCUUACUGUAGCAUGGCGCAUGCUCAGCUCAGUUUUCACGGACACCGAGAUGCUGUAAAGAUGUUUGUUGCCGUACCUGGACAAGGCGGUCAAAGUAUCGUGAGCGAUGGAUCACAGCCCGCAAUGCUUGUAUUAUCCGGUGGUGAGGGGUACAUUGAUUUCCGAGUUGGUGACGGUGAUGAUACGGACGAUGGAAUCGAGAGGUCGAAUCUUGCCGCUAACUCUGAAGAACAUGGAGAACAAAGUCAUUUGAUCGUUUGGCAAGUUCAAUGCCCUUUGCCAGUACCAAUAACUGCAUAGAAUAACGAAGGAAGCGAUUGAAAAAGCUUUUCAUUUUAGUUCCUAGAUUAUCAAUCAACGUGUUAAUUUGUCAUACUAUUCGACUAUAGCAUCUGUCAAACGUAUUGAAUUAUGCAAAACUUUCACACAAGAAUCCGUUAGUGGCGUUCCUCUUUUCGAAAAUUGAAUUACUUUGGGCAGUGGUCUCUUCUUACGUAACGGUUUACGUAGUUUGUAACAGAAAUAUGUGGUAGCAGUCGUACCGUUAGUACCAUCUGUGAUCUAAUUGAGUAACAGUAGCAGCGUAUUUUGCAUAAAAUUCGAUACACUGCUCAUUUACCGAAUAUGCAUAGACUCUUGGCUCGUUAUACGUAGAGCAUAUCUAGCAAAACAUACGUAGAGAAUAGCAAAACGUUUGUAUAGAAGAUGGAAAAUUUUUAACGACGCUUUAAAAUUCAAAGUCUUUCGAAAUUGUUAACAAGUUUGAGGGAAAAAACGUACUGUACGUUAAUACUGCUUCCAAUUCGCUUGAUUUGACGUAUCGAUGAAUCUUUGCGAUAUGUAAUAAUUACCCUACUAAAUUUUUACUCAGUCUAGAGGUGAUGAAUAAGAAUUUUCAUAGAUGACUCGACGUGAAAUGAAAUUAACACCAUUUAAUUAAUUCGACAUAAAGGACAAGUACUUGAGUAAAAUUUAAGAAUAAAAGUUCUAUUGUAAUAAGCCAAACUUGUUGGGGGAAAAUGUGUGUGUUAGUGUUUUAUUAUUUUCAUCUUGUUCUUUGCAAAAAUACGACGGGAUUUUCAUGCUGUACACAGACGUUAUCUUAAUUUUAUUCCUAAUUUAUCGUUAUAUAACUAAUCACUGAUCAUUUUACUCAAAACAUUGUUAUUUAAAAAUAACCAAUGAAACAUCGAACUAAUUAAGCUCGACUCAAUAUUUUAGAUCUUAACAGAUUUCAUAAUUAAUAGGUAUCUAUUUUAUGACUUUGAAAGGCAUUAUUUAGAGUAUUAAUGAGUAAUUUCAUUACACGCAAUGAAAGUGAAACAAUUUACAAAUUAGAUAUUAAUCGAUUUGUAGCAAUUUUUUUGUGAUAUUUGUAGCUAGCUAAUUUAUUUUUUUAAUCCCGCAGAAGCUGCAUGAGGUAUUUUUUGUUUUUAUUUCCAUGCAAAGUCUUAUUAUACUUCGAUAUUAUUUACACCAAAAACUAAACACUGGCAUAAUUUCUAUGCUCAUUCGCCCAGCACCUUGUCAAAGUCUCGAAACAUGAAAGCAACAAUUAUUUGAUACAUAGCAGUAAGUGGAUACAUACAAAUAAUAUGUAUAUACCAUUUCGUGUGGAUUUGAGAACGAUGUUAAUUCUUGUCCGAUCAAGUUUUACAGAAUUGAUUGUAUAAUAUGCGAAUUCUUACAAUUUUCAUUACGGUGAAAAUUUAAUUUCUUCUCUCUGUACAUGAUAUAAAUAUUUGUUUUUUUUUUUUUUCCGGCAAAGUGCGCUUAUUUAAUUAUCAGAAGCCUUUUGUUAUCCAUAUAUUUGUAAAUCAUGCUUAAUUAAAUUUAAUUAUAACUGUGCUAGAAUGUAAACUACAUAUUUAAUUAAUUUAUAAUAAAUUAUAUUAGCAACUAAUAAAUAUUAGGUUUAUAAAUUAUGUACAGUUUAACGGUAUCCAACCGACAUACGGGGGAAUCGAUAACACUAAAAUAAUAUGAUCAACAUGGUCGCACAGCAUACGUUACAUCUGGCUUUAUGCUUUAUGGAAUAUGCUGAAAAACGAUGUCCGCGAAGUUCUUGGGUGUCUUGUGAUGUAUACAUUUCAUCCUAAAUAGUGGCCUCAAUUUUUUUCUUCCCUGGUUCUCAUUUUCGUCAAUUUCGCGUAGCGAGAUGGAGAAUCUAUUAUCAAAUAGAAGCAUUUGAGCCAAAGUUGUUGAUUAAAAAACAGUUCAGGGGUCAUCGAUUAUUAUCAAUCAAAUGCCGAUUGCGUGAUAAAUUUACCCGCUCAAUAAUCGAGCAGCGCCAAUUCGAGCAACAGGUAGCGAUUUAGAGACACAGCUAUAACGAAUUUAAUUAAAUGUAUCGUUACAUUAUUUUCAUUUCGUUGCUAACGCUCUCAAAACCUUAUAAAUACCAGCGCAAUAUUCAAAUGCAAAGAAUAUACCUAAUACAAAGUAUUUAAAUAGUAUAUAAAUUCAGACCCGGAAUCGUACCACAGUGGCAAAUUGUUCAUUAAUAGUAUGCGAUGGAAAUAAAUCGAGGACGGUAAAACAAGUAAAAACCGGCUAACGAAGCGCGAUACACUGCUGAUUUCGUGUAGUUUAAUUUAAUAAAUUCGAAAGAAAGAAAGAGUAAAAUAUAAUUAAAGUAUAAUAAAGCAUAAACAAACCCGAGGCUGGUCACGGACCAAUGUCGAGUAAAGAUUCCAAUUCUGUAAAUAAGCAUCACGUACUUUAACAUUUCGUGCGUAAUUCUACCUAAUUAUUACAAUACUUGCACACGGCAUAAUAGCUCAAUGUCUAUUAUUUAUCACGAAAACGGAAGAUAUGUAUGAUGCAGCUUUGUCACCCACUAUUCUCUCUCUCUCUCUCUCUCUCUCUCUAUUAAUAACGACACUUCCCUUCGUAUGUCAUAUUUUAUGAAAAAGAAAAACUAUUGCACCAUUAAGCAACCAAGCUUUAUCAUCAUAUUAUUAUUACCAUUAAUACAUGCAUACUUGAAUAUAUCCCUCACUCAUGUUAUAUGUAUGAAUAUAUGUGUAAUAGAUAUUGUAAUAUUUAUAUGAUCACCACGUAGUAAGUAACGUAUCUUUUAAAACAUCGUCGUGUUUUUGAAUGCCUGCAGAGCGAUAAAUGUCUUGUACCUAACUAUAGAUAUACUUCAAUAUGUAUACAUACCUAUAAUAUGGGAUGAGCUGCUAGUUGAUUGGCGCUAAUAAAGAUAACGAUGGUGAGAA